AUGAACACCAUGCCAGCCACAGCGGGCCAGGGCCUCCUGACGCUGUGACAAGGAGAACUCUGUAACCCCUAUCCCAACUCCGGCCGUGCCUCGCCCCGGCUGAGGUGGGCUGUCCUGGGGCCCUCCGGCUCUCUCCAGUCCUGGCCACGGAGGAGAGCGGAGAGCACAAGGCACAGACCCCGCUCGCUCUGCUGCCGCCCGCACGGCCCGGGGGAGGGCAGGAGGGAGGGACGGAGGGCACCUCCCGCCCGGCGCGGCUCGGCCCCCGCGGGGCGGCUCCGGGCGGUCGGCGGCAGAGCCGCGGCUGCUCCCCGCCGGGUCGGGAUGGGGCUGGAGCUGUACCUGGACCUGCUCUCGCAGCCCUGCCGCUCCAUCUACAUCUUCGCCCGCAGCAACAACAUCCCCUUCGAGUUCAAGCACGUGGAGCUGUUCAAAGGCUCGGUGCUGGCGAGGAAGGCGGCGGCGGGGAGCGGCGCGGAGCGGCCCCGCGCAGGGCCAUCGAAUAGUGAAGGUGCAGGCAAAGUCAGCCUCUUGAAGAAAGUACCAGCGCUGAAGGAUGGAGACUUCACCCUUGCAGAAUGCACUGCCAUCCUGCUGUACCUGAGCAGAAAGUACAACACUCCUGACCACUGGUACCCCUCGGACAUACAGAAACGGGCCCGGGUGGAUGAGUACCUCUCCUGGCACCACACCAACAUCCGAGCUAACGCCCCAAAGACCAUGUGGAUCAAGGUGUUGAUUCCCCUCUUCACAGGGCAGCCUCUGGCCUCAGAGAAGCUCCAGGAGGUUAUGGAGGGGCUGUCCACUUCCCUGAAGCAAUUUGAGGAGAGGUUUCUGCAGGACAAGGCUUUUAUCAUUGGGAGUGAGAUCUCCCUGGCAGAUCUUGUGGCCAUUGUGGAACUGAUGCAACCUGUUGGAGUUGGUUGUGACAUCUUUGAAGACAGACCCAGGCUGAGGGAGUGGCGCAGGCGGGUGGAGGAUGCUGUGGGGAAAGAGCUUUUUUUCCAAGCCCAUGAGAUGAUCCUCAAUAUCAAAGAACUGAGCAAUAUUCAAAUUGAUCCACAGCUGAAAGAGCAACUGGCACCUGUGUUGAUGAAGAUGUUGAAAUGAAUUAACCUAUCACAGCAUUUUUCCUGCCCUUUGUUUUUUUUCCUUUUUAACUUCUUCUCUGACAUCCAGUUCUCCAUGUAAUGGGCAAGAACACUGUAAUUCUAAUACAGAAAUUACAGAGUGUUUCCCUAUGA